AUGGGUCGCGUGAUCCGCGCGCAGCGUAAGGGUGCGGGGAUUAAGCUACCCUCUGGCGCCAAGAAGAUUGUCCCCAGCAGCUGCCGUGCCAUGAUUGGGCAGGUCGCUGGUGGAGGCAGGACUGAGAAGCCAAUGCUGAAGGCUGGUAACGCGUACCACAAGUACCGCGUGAAGAGGAACUGCUGGCCCAAGGUGCGAGGUGUGGCCAUGAACCCCGUGGAGCAUCCCCACGGAGGAGGUAACCAUCAGCACAUUGGUCACGCCUCCACCGUCCGCCGUGACGCUCCCCCUGGCCAGAAGGUUGGUCUCAUUGCCGCCAGGAGGACCGGAAGGCUCAGGGGCCAGGCUGCUGCCACUGCCGCCAAGUCUGACAAGGCCACCUAG